AUGGAGCCAAACCGGACACCCCUGUUCAUAAAUCCGCAGGAAGUGAGUCACAACCGAAGCAGGACACGAAUCUCAGAACAUGUGGGAGAAGCUCCUCAACCCAUAGGAGAUCAGCAACUAUUUUUAGCCCUUGUACCAAGUCCAUCUCACCUUCCACUCAAUCUUCAAUCUGAAACCAAUGUGAUGGAUAUAGGUGAAGACUCAAGUCAGCUGUUGGAUAACAAGAUUGAAACUCUCAUGGUUAAAUCUCAGAAAAGGAAGGGAUGGAAAAGGAAGAGUAAGGAGAUUAAUGGUGAAUCUUCCACACCUACUCUGCCAACUUCAAAACCUGAUGAUAUCAUUACCAGAGGCAGAAAAAGAAAUGCAGCAACUUUAGGGGGUAUUCAGAUUCAUAGAUCAACCAGAUAUUUGGGAUUACCCCUUGGAAUUGGCAGGGAGGUUUACUGGGUGAGUGAGCUCAUUGAUGAUGAUGGAUGGCAUUGGAACAGGGAGAAG